AACAACAGCAGCAGUAGCAGCAGCAGCAGCAGCAGAGACAAAACGCCUACAACUAUGCCUGGCCCGGCGCUGUGGUCCGGAAUUAUGACACUGAGCCGUGGCCCGUACAGCGAGCUCGAUAAAAUGAGCCUUUUUCAAGACCUCAAACUCAAGCGGCGCAAAAUCGAUUCAAGAUGCAGCAGUGACGGCGAGUCCAUAGCGGACACAUCCACCUCGUCGCCGGAUCUAUUGGCGCCGAUGUCACCCAAGCUAUGCGACAGCGGCACAGGUGCGUCGCUGUCAGCGUUGCCGGCGCUGCCAUCGGUGACGGUAACGGUGACAACAGCGGCAUCCACAUCGGCGGCAGCAGCAGCUGCCGUCUCCACAUCAACAACAACAUCAUCAGCAACAGCAGCAGCAGCAGCAGCAGCAGCAGCGGCGGCAGCAACAUCAUCCACGUCGGCGGCAACAUGUCCGAGCAGCACGAUUACCAUAACUGCGACAGCAGCAGCUAAGGCGGCAGCAGCUGCAGCUGCAGCAGCAGCAGCAGCAGCAGCAACAACAACAGGCACAGGAUCGGCUGGCGGAUCCGUGAAGCAUCAACAGACUGAAAUACACUCAUCCAGCAGUGCGAUAACAGCGGCAGCUGCCUCCACAGUGAUGUCGCCGCCGCCGCCAGCCGGCACGCCGCCCAGCGCCAUGCUGGACACUGGCGGCGGCGGCGGCGGCAAUGGGGGCGGCGGCGGAGAGGCACUCUCACUGGCAUUGAAUGCGCGCGGCACGCCCACACCGCCGCACAAUAAUGGCGGCGCGUCCAGCUCGAGCAACAGCAGCAGUCGCCUGGCCUCGCCCGACUCGCUCGAGGAGAAGCCCUCAACGACAACGGGUCGCAGCAGCGGCACGCCCACCAAUGGGCUGUUGGCCAGCAGCAGCAGCGGCAGUGGCAGCGGCAGCAACAAGAUCAAUAGCAACAACAGCAACCUGAGCGUUAUACGCUCCGUUAAGGAGGAGCGCAUCCUGGCCUCGCCCACCAAAAUGCUUGCCUACCAUCAGCAGCAGCAGCAGCAACAGCAGCAGCAGCAGCAGCGCGAACGGGAGCAAAGAGAGCGAGAACGAGAACGGGAACGAGAAAGGGAACGGGAGAGGGAACGGGAACGAGAGCGCGACUUGAAGGCGGCUCCGGGUCAUGUGACCGUGCUGGUUACGCCGUCGCGCAUUAAAGCGGAGCCACCGCCACCCGCCUCGCCCUCCUCGACCACACAGCGCGACAGGGAGCGGGACAGAGAGCGGGACAGAGAGCGGGACAGAGAGCGGGACAGAGAAAGAGAAAGAGAACGCGAAUUGGGCAGCUCCAGUUCCAUCAGCUCGUCGCAGCACAUAAGUCGCGGAAGUCCGGGUCCGCAUCCGGGCCAGCAUCAUGGGCAUGCCUAUGGCCAUCCGCACGGCCAUUUGUCGAGCCAUGGGCAUGGCAGCUUGACGCCCGCCUCCAUUGUCCAGACGCAUCAUCUGCACCAGCAGCUGACGCAGCCGCUGACGCUGCGCAAGAAUAGCCCGCCUCAGGAGCUGCAGCUGCCGCAGCUCUCGAUGCAGUCCAUGCAGCAGCUGACUCAGCAACAGCUGCACCUGCAUCUCCUCGGUCAGCAGCAGCAGCAGCAGCAACAGCAGCAGCAGCAGCAACAAUCGCCGCAGCAUUUGCAGCAACAUUCGCCGCAUGCGCUGAUACGCGUCAAGAAGGAGCCAACCUCAUCCGUUGGUUCUGUUCAGGUGCAGCGGCAUUUGUCGCCGCAUCACCAACAGCAACAUCAGCAGCAACAUCAGCAACAACAUCAGCAACACCAACAGCAACAGCAGCAGCAGCAACAACAGUCGCUGCUGCACUCCGCUUCGCUGCAAUCGCUGCGUCAUCCGAGCCGCGAUGCGGCCAUUUUGUUUCGAGUGAAGAGCGAGGUGCAGCAACAGGUGGCGGUGGCCGCCGCUGCCGCCGCCUCCUCGGGCCUGCCGCAUCUCAUGCAGCCGACGUCAGCAGCGGCAGCGGCAGCUGCGGCGGCAGCCGCACAGCGCAUGGUCUGCUUUAGUAAUGCGCGCAUCAAUGGCGUCAAGCCGGAGGUGAUUGGCGGCCCGCUCUGCCCCUCACCGCAUCCGUCGUCCUCGUCUUCGUCGUCGCAGCUGUCGCCGCAGACGCCCUCGCAGACGCCGCCGCGUGGCACGCCCACCGUCAUCAUGGGCGAGAGCUGCGGCGUGCGCACCAUGGUCUGGGGCUACGAGCCGCCGCCGCCAACGCCCGGCCAGCAGCAGCAGCAGCAGCAGCAACAUCAGCAACAGCAGCAACACCAGCAACACCAGCAGCAGCAGCAGCAACAUCAACAGCAACAGCAACAUCAACAGCAACAUCAGCAACAUCAGCAGCAGCAGCAGCAGCAGCAACAGCAGCAACAGCAGCAGCAACAACAGCAGCAGCAGCAUUGCCUGCAAACCGCCUCCUCGCCGUCAACCGGGUCGAUAACGCCGACGCAUACGCCUGGUCCGCAAAAUAAUGAGGAAGCGGCACAGCUGCUGCUUUCGCUGGGCCAGACGCGCAUCCAGGAUAUGCGUCCGCGUCCGCAUCAAUUCCGAACGCCGCACGCCCUUAACAUGGAACGCCUGUGGGCUGGCGAUUACUCGCAGCUGCCGCCGGGCCAGCUGCAGGCGCUCAAUCUGAGCGCACAGCAGCAAUGGGGCAGCUCGAAUUCCAGCUCGGGCAGCGGCAGCGGCAGCGGUCGCUCACUCGAGGCGCCGCACGAGCCCACCGACGAGGAUGACCAGCCGCUGGUCUGCAUGAUAUGCGAGGACAAGGCCACCGGCCUGCACUACGGCAUCAUCACCUGCGAGGGCUGCAAGGGCUUCUUCAAGCGCACGGUGCAGAACCGCAGGGUCUACACCUGCGUCGCGGACGGCACCUGCGAGAUAACCAAAGCACAGCGCAACCGUUGUCAGUAUUGUCGAUUUAAGAAGUGCAUCGAGCAGGGCAUGGUGCUGCAAGCCGUGCGGGAGGAUCGCAUGCCGGGUGGACGCAACAGCGGCGCCGUUUACAAUCUGUACAAGGUGAAGUACAAGAAGCACAAGAAGACCAACCAGAAGCAACAACAGCAACAGCAGCAACAGCAACAGCAGCAACAGCAGCAACAGCAACAGCAGCAGCAGCAACAACAACAACAGCAGCAACAGCAGCAACAGUUGCUGUCGCCCAUACAUCAUCAUCAUGUGGCUGGCGGUGGACAUGGUCAUCCGGCGCAAUUGUCGCCGCAUCAUUUGCUCUCGCCGCAGCAGCAACAGUUGGCGGCAGCUGUGGCAGCCGCUGCACAGCAUCAACAUCAGCAAUCGAAGCUGCUGGCCGCUGGCCAUGCGGCCGCUGGUGAGCUAAAGCCCAUGUUCCUGGGUCCGGUGCUCAAGUCCGAGCACUUGCAGCCGCCGCCCAUGCACAGUCCGGCACAGCAGCAGCAUCAGCAGCAACAGCAACAGCAGCAGCAACAAUCGUCGCCGCAUCUGUCGCUAUCUUCCCCGCAUCACGUGCCGCCGCCGCCGCCGAAUGCGGCACAGCAGCAACAGCACCACAAUCAUCACCAGCAACAGCAGCAGCAGCAGCAGCAACAGCAGCAGCAGCAACAGCAGCAGGCGUCGCUGCCGGCGCAUCUGAUGAAUGGCACUAUAUUGAAGACGGCGCUGACCAAUCCCAGCGAGAUUGUGCAUCUGCGCCAUCGUCUGGACUCGGCGGUCAGCUCGUCGAAGGACAGACAGAUCUCGUACGAGCAUGCGCUGUCCAUGAUCCAGACGCUGAUCGACUGCGAUGCCAUGGAGGAUAUUGCCACGCUGCCGCACUUCAGCGAGUUCCUUGAGGACAAAUCUGAGAUCAGUGAGAAGCUGUGCAAUAUUGGCGACUCCAUUGUUCACAAACUGGUGUCGUGGACAAAGAAGCUGCCCUUCUACUUGGAAAUACCCGUCGAGAUACACACAAAGCUGCUCACGGACAAAUGGCACGAGAUACUCAUCCUGACCACGGCCGCCUACCAGGCGCUGCACGGCAAACGAUCCUCGAGCGCGGCAACUGGCACUGGCACCGGCACUGGCAGCGCCAACAGUCCCAGCAACAAUCACGGCAGCAACAGGCACGGCGGCUCCCCGGCACCAACAUCAACGCCAACGGCCAGCCAAUUGCCGAUGCCGCUGCACAAGGAUGAUCCCGAAUUCGUAAGCGAGGUUAACUCGCAUCUGAGCACGCUCCAGACCUGCCUUACCACGCUGAUGGGCCAGCCGAUUGCCAUGGAGCAGCUCAAGCUGGAUGUGGGCCACAUGGUGGACAAGAUGACACAGAUCACGAUCAUGUUCCGGCGCAUCAAGCUCAAAAUGGAGGAGUACGUCUGCCUCAAGGUCUACAUACUGCUGAACAAAGCAGAAGUGGAACUGGAGAGCAUACAGGAGCGUUACAUUCAGGUGCUGCGCUCCUAUUUGCAAAGCUCGUCGCCACAGAAUCCGCAGGCCCGGCUCAGCGAGCUGCUCUCCCACAUACCCGAGAUACAAGCGGCGGCCAGUCUGUUGCUAGAAAGCAAGAUGUUUUAUGUGCCCUUUGUGCUCAACUCGGCGAGCAUAAGGUAGCAAAUGCUUGAGCAUGGCCUGCUGCCCGCCAGCAAUCAUCAGCCGGCGCUGCCGAAGCGCCAGCAGCAACACGACCAACAUCUGACAACAGCAACACGCCGCAGAUCCCGGCCACAACAACAGCAACAGCAGCAGCAACAGCAACAAUUGCAGGCGCAGGCGCAGGUUGCUUUGCUGCUGGAUCUGCCCAAGAUCAAAAUCGAAAUUGGCGAAGCCGAGCAACAGCAAUCGUCUCUAUUGCUGCCGUUGCCACUGCCGCUGACAGCAACAGCAACAGCAACAGCAACCGCCAAGCCCAGCGCCAACAGCAAUGCCUCCUCGUCCAUACUGAAGUCGUCGCUGCUGAGUGGAGCUGCGGCCACAUUGGCCACGCUGACAGCAGCCGCCGAUCAAAUAGCGCGCAGCUCAGCAGCAGUGGCCAUCGAGGCGGGCAGCAACAACAACAACAACAGCAGCAGCAGCAGCAGCAACAGCAGCAGCAGCAGCUGCAAUACUGCCACUGUAGCUGGCAGGCUGGCAACAAGCAGCAGCAGCAACAGCUUAGAAGAGAGCAAAAGACUUGAACAUCAACAUCAGCAACAACAUCAGCAACAACAACAGCAACAACAACAACAACAACAGCAACAGCAACAGUAUACAUCAAUUCUUCAAUCGGCCUUAAUGUCACAACGUCCAAUGGCAGCAGUUGCUAACAAACCAACAGUAACAGCCGCCGCAACAGCAGAAGCAACAUCAACGAGUGCUGGCGCAACAACGAGAACAACAACGACAAUAACAAACGCAGCAACAACACCGCCGCCAGCGCAUGUGCUCAAAACGGCGUUAACAUUGGCCAGCCUAAGUGAAAUAGCCACUGCACAACAGCAGCAGCAGCAACAGUUGCUCGCAUUGCAGCAGCAACAGCAGCAGCAGCAGCAACAACAGCAGCAACAUCAGCUUAAAGUGCCUCGCAGAAUUAUUAAUUUGAACAGCAACACUGCCACUGGCCCAGGCGCAAUAACAAUCACUGCCAAACCGAUGCUGCGACAACGUAACGGCAACAGCAACAGCAACGGCAACUGUCACGACAGCAACAGUUUAAGUCAAGCGGCAAAUGCAGCAGCAACAACAGCAACUGCAGCAGCAACAUCGCUGCCCAACGGCAGCUGUUGCCAUCAGCAGGCAACUGUUGCCAGCACAGCCACAAUACACACACAAACCGAUGAGCUGUUGCUGUCUGUUGGCACGCCCACGUCAUUAGCAAUGCGCCCAGCAACAAUGCAACAAUGGACUGCCGUGUCGACGACGACGACGACGACACAAACACAAACACAAUCGCAACAACAACAACCACAACAACAACAACAACAACAAACACCACAUGCAACAUCAUCCACAGCACCACACAACAACAACAACAACAACAACAACAACAAUAAUAUUAAUAAUAAUAAUCAUAAUUAUAACAAUAAUAAUUAUAAUGCCGCCGCUGCCACGCCCAUGCGCCCGCCUACGCGCACGCCCGUGACCUCAGCUUCUGUUACUGUAGUUGUGUUCAAAACAAUGUUACCUGAUGACUGAAUUAUUUUAGAAUAGUACACUUAAAGCAUGUUUUUUAUUAUCGAUUACCGAUUACCGAUUACCAAUUACCAAUUACCGAUUACCAAUUAUCGAUUAUUAUUAUUAUUAUCAUUAUCAUUAUUAUUACUACAUACAUAAUGUAGAGCAUAUUGUAUUUUCAUGUAUUUUAGUUUUCGCCCUGCCCCAAUUGUUGGAGAUCUUAUAAGCCAAAACCUACCCUAACCUAAAAGCACACAAAAAA